AUGGCCGACCUGCACCAAGAUAGUCGUCAUCCCCUUCCGCCUCCUCCUCCCUCGCACGAACAUUACUCUCACCAAGACACCUCCUACGACUACAACCAGCAGCAGCAGCAGCAGCAGCCCCAGCAGCAGCAGCGUCAGCAGCAGCGUCAGCAGACUUCGCCCAUCUCUCCGCAGCAACCCGCCUUUGCUCAGCAGCCACCUCGACAGCCCCAGCAGUACCAGCAGCAGCAGCUACAGCAGCUUCAGCAGCAAAUUCGACAGCCGCCCGCUGCCCAAAUAGCCCACCAACAGAAGCCCUCGAAAUCUAGGACAUUCAGCUUCGGGUCCGGCAAAUCGCGACGGAGCUCGACGAGCCACCCAAGGCACGACGACACGCAUGAGACAUCGGCAGAGAAAGAAUCCCAUCGUUUACACAGCAAAGCCGACCCCACCAUGGCCAUCAGCGAAGCCGAGCCAGACACUGAAUCAACCCCGCAAAAUGGCCGGCGGAGCAGCUAUUAUGCUGGCAACAACGGUGCUCGAUACCCCCAGGACAGCUACUAUGGUGGACGUCCCAACUCUGUGCGGCCUGAGAGUACGCACAUGGACUACAACAGCCCCAACCGCUCCGGCUAUUUCGAUGGUGGCUCGUACGGCCAGGGUGGAUACGGGCCUGGGCCCAGCCGUCAGAGGGCACCGAGAAUGAACUCGGAACCCAUGAACGGCUAUGGCCGUGGCGGGCAACAAGUCUACCCGAUCCCCCACAAGGACCGCUCUUACGAAACCGUCACAACAGCAGCAGGCAGCGGUCACUCCGAACAGGCCGGCUACCAGACGGACCCGACAAGCAGUGACAACAGCUCCAUUGAUCGGGUGUCGCCUGCGAAACGUGCGGAGCCGACCAACGACUAUGGCAUCGGCUUCAACCAACAAGGCGCAUAUCAGCCUGCCGCCUUUAACAAUUACGCUUCGGGCGCGAACGGUGCUGGCCCCAGCGGCGCCAACUACCGCCCCGCCCCCAUGACAAACCUGAACUCGGCUGCGCCGCCCGCCGCGCCCCAAAAGCUGGGAGGCGGCAUGUUGCGCAAGCAGACCACUCAGCAAAGCACACAAUCACGACCAGACGUUGGCGAAAAGAGAAAGAGUUGGUUCUCGCGCCGCUUCAGUAAGGCCAAUUAA